AUGAGCUCCUCAACAGGCAACAGAGCCCUCUGGAUCGCAUCCUACGAUGAGCCCGCCCAGGUCAUCGACCUCCCCAUCCCAGACGCUCCCACCGGCACGGUCGUGGUAAAGAUCCUUGCUGCUCCUAUCGUCCCUUACACCCACCUCUUCCACUCCGGCAAGCUCGAGCAUGUCUCUCUCCCUCCCCCCUACGUGCCCAACCCGAAUGCCAUCGGCCGAGUGCAUCAAGUCGGCCCCGACGCCGUCAAAGUCAAGGAAGGCGACCUUGUUUACGUCGACGCCACCACCCGUGGCCGUGACGAUCCCGGAAGGAUGAUCAUGAUCGGCCACAUUGGCGGCCACGGCGAGGACAAAAAGCUCACCCAGGAGUGGCGUGACGGUUCACUGCAGCAGUACCAGAAGGUGCCACUCGAGAACGUCUACCUUCUCGACGAGAAGCGUCUGUGCGGCGAGCUUGGAUAUGACUACGCAGCUUUACAUUCUAUCGCACACUACUCCGUCGCCGCGGGUGCCCUCCUCGAGGCCGCCGAUGUCAAGGUGGCCGAGACCGUCAUCAUCGGCCCCUCAGGAGGUUCGUUUGGCGGGCUGGCCGUCGAGGUCGCCCUCACCGCAGGCGCCAACGUCAUCGCGCUAGGCCGCAGCGAGAACAAGCUCGCCGCCAUGCGCAAAAAGCUCAACGACCACCCCCGCCUCAAGACCGUCGUCAUGACUGGCGACGAGGAGGCCGACGCUGCAGCCAUCCGCCAAGCGACCCCCAACGGCACCGGCGCCGAGAUCUACAACGACUGGACCCCCGGCGAGCUCAAGAACCCGCCGUACCUCGGCGCCGCUCUGCGCGUCCUCAAGCGCGAGGGCAGGAUCAUCCUCAGCGGUGGCGCCAGCGAGACUCUGACUAUCCCCUACGCCUCCUUCGGCAUCAUGAACCUCAAGCUGCAGGGCAAGUGGAUGUGCGAGCGCCGCACGCUCGAGCAGCUGAUCAGGAUGAUUGAGGGUGGCCAGCUGCGCAUCGGCAAGGAGAGCGGCAGCGAGCUGGCCGUGUUCACACUGGACCAACAUGAAGAGGCCAUCGAGCACGCGCGACUCAACGGUGGCUGGAGAAACUACACCGUUGUCGCGCCCAACCCUUGGUAG